AUGGAGUCGAUCGCGAACGUUUUCAGUUUUUUCAACCCAUCCAAACCUUCUAGAUACCAGCAACACCUGGCUAUGAUGCGGUCCACCUCGCUCAAUCCCGACCCUGGUAGCAGAAGAAACCCGGCUGAGGAACUCAACAAAAACCAUGGCGGCGAGCUUGGUAGGAUCCAUAAUGGCGAAGUCGACAGGAACCACGAUGUUAAGGCAGGCGAAGGUUCCGCUCUGUCCCUCAAGCAGGAGAAUCGCCUUCUGUCCAAGAACAACCAUCUCCAGGAGGCCCUCUGGAGAGCAGUAUCCGAGAGGGCCACCGCUGAAAAAACGAUGCGAGCGAUGGAAGAAAAGAUUUCGGCAUUGGAGGAGCGCAACGCUCUCCUAAACAGCGAGCUCGACCAAGUCCAAGGCAAGCUGAACUCCUCGAUUGUCGAUCUGAGGAAGGCCCAGCUCAGCUCCUUCAAGCAAACUCAGACCGGAUGGUUCGUUGAAGAAGACUCUCAAGUCCACCAUGCUCUCACCCAACUCUACAAGGAUGUCCGCUAUUGGGCCAAGGCAUACGCUGUCAAGUCAUUGCACCUAUUUCGCGAUUUUCCUGGCCAUUUGGACACGCCUACGUCUAAUUUCCUAUCUCGGGUCGCCACCUUCAACUCAUAUGACGAUUUCGUUGGCUUCAAACACCCAUUCCUCAUUCUUGCUGCCCUGGUAUCCGAAGUGCUCAGCACUUUUGUCUUCAAUGACUAUUUCUGGAUGCAUAAUGGAGAGAGCGCGAACGUCUUAAGAGACACCUUUUAUAGACUCUGCAGCGCCAAUGCUACCGACGCACGCACCUGGCGGGCUCUGCUUUCCAGAGCAGUCUUUCCCCAUCCAGUCGACAGCCUAAAGAGCCGCUAUAACCAUCUCAUGCAUGUAAUUCGGCGCGACAUUGCAUCCAUGUUCAUCCGACAAAUGGGACAGGAUGAAGACCAUAGGUGUAGUUUAGAACUCCAGCAGCUGAUAAUCAGGGCAAUGAAGCUCUCCCACCGUCUACAGACCCAGCGCGCCGACUACGUGUGGUGCCCACCUUCCGACCUCCUUGGCACCCGCUUUGAUGUACGCUCGCCAAAGCUUGCAGCCGAUCGCCUUGUCAAGCUCGAAGACGAGGACGACAAGUCACACAAUGGCAAGAAUAUACAACUUGUUGUGAGCCCCGCCGUCGAGAAGUUUGGAGAUAGCAACGGAGAGAAUCUGGAUACCAGCCGCUUCCUCACCAAGGCCGUUGUCUUCCUCGACGUCUGA